AUGAAAUGGGAAUACUUUAAGUAAUAUCAAGGAUUGAUAAUUCAAACCAACUUGUCUCCUACUAUAAAUAAUUUCAGCUAUGCGAAAUUGCAAAUUGCAGUAUAUUUUCUGUAAUUGUCAUAUUUUUUAAUUGAUGAUUCAAAUGAGCAGGUUUUUAGCCUAAUAAAAUCAUUCACAAAAAUAUGCUUAAUUUCUCCAUACUUUAUGAAUAAUGACGCUGUUAACAUUUUAAUAGGUAUAGCUAUAACCUUACUUAAUUGUUUUCCUUAUAUCAUAAUAACUUAUCGUUUCAUAAUGAAAAGUCAUAAUAGCGUAGACAGUAUCUCAAAGAGUGUUUUAGAUGUAUUCAUUUAUUAUCCUAUUUUAGUUAACUACAAUAUUAAUAAAUAACUAUUUUCUAAACUUCACUUGGUUAUUUUAUGUAUCGCAACUUUACUAUAUUUGCUGGAACUUAUUAAAUGCAACUGACCCAUUCUUAUUGCUGUUAUCAGUUUUUAAUUUAUUGAUUGCAAUGGGUAGUUUAUUAUUUUCAAAUAUCUAUUUUUUAAAUUAUGAAUUCUUUUAGUAAAGCUUACGAAAAUACUUUAAUUACAAUAAUAUAAUAGCUUAAUUGAUUUUAAUUCCUUUAGUUUUUAUAUCCAUUAGAACAUAGUUUAUUUUUGUUUUACUUUCAAAAAUAAUCUUUGGAUUGUUCAUUUGUAUGUUAAUUGGAGAAGCAAUCAUCUAAUAUCCUUUCGGGUAUUUAUAUAAUUCUAAUCAUAAUAGAUUUUCAGCUUAUGCUAAAAUAUAUAAUUAAGGAUUAACAAUAUUUACAGUUGUAUAUACGAUAACCACUAUUUCAAAAGCAUUUUCAAUUACUUCAUAUUAAUGCAUUGUUAUAUUUUUAAUUUUACUACCUGUUUCCUAACAUUUAACAAGUGCUUUAGUAGAAAUGAAGAGAUAAAAUGUUUAUUAGACAAUAUCUAAAUAAAAUCAAUAUUUUGAAUUGUUAUACAUAGAAAAUAUGUUUGAAUUGAAUAAUGAAGCUUAGAAAUGUAAGUAGAAAGAAAUAGAAUACAUAACUAAAUUUUGUAUGCAUUACUCUCAUUGCAGACUCAAUAAAUGUUAAUGUAAGAAAAUUGGAUUUGAAAAAAUUAUUAAACUUGACCAAACUGUAAUUUUUGUUUCAUGCUUGUUUAAAAGAAGUUUUGAUAAACACAAGAUUACUUUAUAAAAAAGAAUUGGAGUAAUUGAAGUUUUAUCUUUGAAAUUCUUAACUUUCAUAAAUAAAUUUAAAAGAAAUGGACCUAAAACUUAUUAAGAACUAAAAGUACUUUUUUAAAAAUAAAGAGAAUAUUCAUUCUAUUUUAUUUAAAUGUGUUUAUUUUUAUAAUUCAUAAUAUAAGCAUAAAUGUAAAAAGAUGAAGAUUAUAACAUAAAUUCUGAAUCACGAAGCAGAAUUUCAAAUGUUAAGUUGUAGGUGAGUAAAAGUGAAAGAAGUAUUGUAUAGAAUCUCUAUUAAAUGGAAUAAGUUAAAUAAAAUAUGCUUCCAUUAUUAAUUUAAGUAAUAAAUAUUGAAUAAUAAUAGAUUUGUCAAUUUAAAUCUGGGUUUUGGAAAUAGAUUUAAGAGGGAAAGAUAGCAACAUUUAUAGAAAUAGAAAAAUAAUUACAGUAACUUUAAAUAUUACAAUCAUAAAUAACUUAAGAAUAUAACAAGUAUAGAUCAAUAUUUUUUGUUAAUGGAAGAACAUAUAAUGUUUAAUUCUUAAAAUUUGAUGCUUUGAUAUAAUUAAUUUUAUAUAAUAAUGCAAGAGCAUAUUAUGAGAUGGAAAAAGGUAAAAAUUUUAUAAAACCUAUUUAGAUUGUAAGGAAAUAUUGGCAUAUGAAAGGAGUAUGAGUACUUUUGAAAUUACAAAUAUCAAUUUUUUUAAAGGAGAUGCUAUAUCAGUUAAGGUUUGUAUAGCAUUUGGUCCAAAUAUAGGAAAAGUUAGGAAUAAGGUCAUUUCACCUUUGAUUCCUAGAUUUUUUGGAUUUCCAGAUAUGGCCUCUUUUAUAGAUUAUACAAAAGGAAAUAUUAAUCCUUUGAUGCCUAAUUGGCUUUUGGGAGUGCAUGAUGAAAUGAUGUAAAAUUAUAUAAGAAGAGGAUCAACAUAAAGAAUCGGAAAAUAUUUUUAAACAUUUGCAAAAUUAUGUGAUUAAACAUUAAUUAGAUGUUAAGUUUAUUUAGCUCAUAAUUUCAGUCCAGAUUUAGAAGCAGAUUUUUCUAUGAUUGGAUGUUUAAAAAGAUUAGAACAAGAUGAAAUAGAUAUUAAGGAUGAUUCUAAAAGAUUGCGAAAUUUAAUAUUUAAAGGAUAGUAACAUGUGCUAUUUGAUAUUUAUGGAAAUUUGAUGGGAAUUACUUAAGGGUUGUAUAAAAUGAUAGAUCGUAUGCAAAGAAAGCUUAAAGAUAAUAUUAAAUAAGAUGAAGCAAAAGAGAAAUCAUCAGAGAAUGAUGAUUCUUCUGCAGAUUCAGAUUCUGAAGUGUAUUUAUAAACAUAAUUAAUAUUAGUUUUGAUGUCUAUGAAAUUAAAUGGUCAAAUUAACCUAUAACGAUAGAAGACUUUUAUAUAAAAGUUUUAAUUUGGAUGUUGUUUCCUUUUAUAACUGCUGAAAUUGAAUAAACAGGAAUUGAAUUUCUGAUGAAUGGUUAAAAUCCUCCAAAAGGUAAAUAUCCAAAUCAAAUUGAUCUUGAAAGUAGUAACACUGUAGUUUCUAAUAAGGAAACAUAUAUGUUUGUUCCUGAAGAUAUCAAUUUAUUUGUUCAAUAAUAUAACAAAGUAUUGGGGAAAAUAAAUGAAGAUGAGAAAAUUUAGACUUCUAAUUUCUCUCUUAGCGGAAAAAGAUAAUAAUAUAUAGAAGCAGAAACUUUAAGUGCUAAAUAAUAAGUUACAGUAUUUAAUGAAAAGUUAUGUUCCUUUUUUUUUGAAGAAUUUCUUAGAAAACAUUAAUAAAUGGUUUUAGGCAAUUUCUCAAGGUAAGAGAUGAGAGUUUCUAAUCUUAAUUAAAUGUCGACUAACAUCUAACAUUCUGAUAAAGUAGAUUCAUCUUCUGAAAGUGAAGGACAAUUAAAAACUAGAGCUGAAUAAAUGUAUUAUGAUAAAUUUUAGAAUUAUAUUUAAAGGAUUACUACUUAAGAUUUUAAUCCGAUUCCUGUUAUCUAUUCUAUUAAUUAUGAAGAAUUUAGGUAUAAAAAAAAUGAAAUAGAAAAUAAAGUUUAAAUGUUUGUUAUUGAAUUAACAGUUAAUGAAUAACAAUUGGCAAGUAUGGAAAAAGGAUAUCGUAAAUAAUUAAGAGAUACAUUAAAGUAAAUGUAGGCUUAAAUGAAAUAGGAGAAAAGUGGAAAUUUAAAUAGAGGAUCUACUAAUGUAAAAUAAUCUUAAGUUUAAACACAAUUUGAAAUGAGAUCUGAAGAUUCUAUGAGUCUCUAAGGUAAUUUCAGUGAAAAAGUAGAACAAGAUGAUCAAAUAUCUCUAUAUCAAUUUUUAAGUCAUCCAUCUAAAUUAGAAGAAUAAUGUUUAAGUGAACAAAAUAUUCUCACUGAUCAAUGUAUUAUUACUUCUGCUAAAGAUGAAUAAAAUAAGUUAUUACUAACUAAUAGAAAAAGUCUCUAAUUAUUAGAAUAUGGUAUCUAAAGUGCUAAAAGUAAUGGAACUGAAAAUCAAUUUGAAUCUCAUUUUAAAUAACAUUAAUUUGAUCUUCUUAAAGCAUCAGAAAAAGAAGCUGCAAAUAAAGUUGUUUUAAGAUUAUCAUAAAAAACUAAAUAAUAAAAAUUUUUUAAUGAAUUAGAACAAAAAGUUAUUUAAAGCAAUCACGAUAAAGAGAGAGAAAAAGUUGAAAAUGAGGACUCUUACCUUAUUCAACUUAUAAAUUUUGAUGAAAAUUAUAAAGCCAUCAAUUAAAAAAUUAGCGAAUUUUAAUAUCCUAAUUCGUAUAAAUUUUAAAAUUAUAUUCUAUUUGCUACUAUACUCUUAGUCAUAGCUUAUAUUUUAUUAGUUUCAAUUGCUGUUUGGAAUUAAUAUGAUUAUAGAGACUGCAUGAAUUUGAUAUAAAUAUUACUUAAAUUUCAAAAAACUUAUUCUCUUAUCACACAUGGAUUAUUUCGUAUUUAAUAUUCACAUGAUUUUAAUGUUUCAAAUUUUGAUUAAUUACACAUAUUCUAUGAUAAAUAAAUAUUUUCAGAAGUUGAUUAAUUGAUUAAUUUUAGUAAUACAGAAAAAAAUAGAAUCAAUGAAAUAUAAAUAUCCCUUUAAAUAUUUUAUGAUAUUGACAAUAGUACUAAAACAGAUUUAUCAAUAACAGAAACUAUUUAAAAAUCCUUAGCACAGUUUUAUAAAAUUGUUGAAAAUAAAUUUGCUGCUGAAUAUGAAUUACAAACUCAACUUAUUUAGUCAAGUGUAGCAAAUUUAAAAGAAAUUGGUUAACUUCCCUAAUUGGCUUUUGAUUCAUGCUAUGAAAAUAAAAUUGAUAAAGAAAGAUAUUAUUAAUAGUUAUUAAUAAUAUUUAUGGUAAUUAUAUUUCUAUUAGUGUUAAUUUUAUAAUCUUCAUAGAUUCCCAUGAUUUCAACUUUAGGGAAAUAUAAAAAAAAAUUGUAUAUGGCAUUAUUAGAUAUUAAUUAACUUUAAUUUGCACAAGAAUAAGAAUCAUUUGAAGCACUUGCAGCUACUCUUAAAAAAUCAGUUUAUGAUUGGAUGAUGAUUGAUUUUAUUGUUGAAGGUAAAAUAUUUGAUUUAGAAAAAUUUAUUUUAAAUGGACUUUAUUCUGAAAACCCUUCUACUAAUUAUAUAGAUAAUUAAAAUAGAACAAAAUAAGAAAAAAAUAAAUUAAUCAAAAAAUUAAAAUCUUCUAAUAUUUAAUAAAUUAGAUACAUUGUUUUAUUAAUUAUUGACUUAGUAGUCAUAAUGUCAUAUUUCUUAGUGAUAUUUUUAAUAAUCUUUAUUUUGACUGAUUAAUUAUUAUAAGGAUUGUAAUUACUCUUUAAAUAUUAAACUUUAUAAUCAUCAUUUAUUAAUGUUUUAAAUAAUGCUGAUCUAGUUGCAUACAAAACUUUAACUAAUUCAUCCUUAUAUUAUAAUAUUCUCUCUCAAAAAGAAUUUGAGAAUUACACUACUGUUCUAUAAGGAACUGAGUAAGAUUUCUUUCUUCAGUAUGAUAAUAAUAUCAUUGGUUCAUUAACAGAUGAAAAAAUUAACUUUAAAAUAGAAUUUAUGAAUGAAUAAUCAAUAUGUGAUACUUAGAAUGCCUUAGAUUGUCAAUCAACUUUAGUUGGAAUAUAUAACCAAUAAAUUUUGGCAUUCUAUUAGCAAGGGUUAAAAUCAUUAAUUGUUUAAGUUUACAAAAUUAUACAACAGUAUCCAUAAUUUUAUUAAGGAGAUUAUGCCAAUAAUAGUUUAGAAGAUUUUGUUAAUUUUGUAGAAACCUCUGAACAUAUUGCUUAUUUAGAUUAUGGAACCGAUCUUAUUAUUACAGCCUAUUCUUCAAUAGUUGAUAUGGCAUAAUAACAAUUUGAAAUUUAAAUAUCAAAAUAUCAGCAAACUUUAAUUAUUUUUAUAUUAAGUAUAGGAUUCAUAGGACUUAUUAUUAAGGGCUUUUUGGGAAGAAUGUUAAUGAGAAUGUAGAAAUAAUCAAUUGAUACUUGUCAAGCAUCAUUAUUAUUAUUAUCACCAAGGAGGUACACAUAAAAAUCUAUUGCUAAAUUAAUAACAUAAAUAAUUUGA